AUGGCUGCCCCAAGCAAGCGUCGCAUCGAGACCGAUGUCAUGAGACUGCUGAUGUCCGACUAUGAGGUGAACCUCGUGAAUGACUCCAUGCAGGAGUUCUACGUCCGUUUCUACGGCCCCGCAGAGAGUGAGCGCUGUCCUUGCUUUCCAUGCUCUGACAGUUACCCCGUUCGCGGGGGUGUCUGGAAGAUCCAUGUCGAGCUGCCCGACCAGUAUCCUUUCAAGUCGCCCAGUAUUGGGUUCAUGAACAAGAUCUUCCAUCCUAAUAUUGAUGAACUGAGUGGUUCCGUGUGUCUGGACGUGAUCAACCAGACGUGGUCUCCUAUGUUCGAUAUGAUCAACAUCUUCGAGGUGUUUCUUCCCCAGCUCCUCCGAUACCCGAACCCGAACGACCCUUUGAACGGCGAGGCCGCCGCACUGCUCAUGCGCCAUCCGAAGGAGUACGACGCGAAGGUGAAAGAGUAUGUGUCCCGUUUCGCCACCAAGGAGGCAGCAGAUGCCGCCGCGGGCAAGGACGAAGACGAAGACGAGGACGAGGAGAUGAGCGACAUCGGCAGCAUCAGCGACGAUGACGCAUGA